UCAGUGUGAAUAGAAGACACCUGGCAUUGGACCCUUGCUGUGGACGGUGCAAAUAGAAAACUGAGUGCAGGAGGUCAGAUGCUCUACAUAGGAAUAUCAUCACUAACAAAUUAUACCUCUCUGGAUGCGAAGUUCAAAAUUCAAGAGUCUGUAGGACAAAUCCAAGCACUAACUGAUCACUGCAUCAGUGUGGUACUGCCUUCUCUGAUACAUGGAUUAUACAAACUUUCUGUCAUCCUUACUAACAUUCCACUUGGCACUAGUGGCAUCUGUAGCAGUUCUGUGCAGCUUGACAUGCUCUUUGGAAGAUAAGGAAGACGAUUGCAAAGAGCCAGGUGCAGCAUUGAUCCAGUGUGACAUCCAAAUCAGAGCAAGUGCUUAUGUUGUAACAGCAGCCACAUCAUGCCAAUAUCUUUGUGAUGAUUCAACAUGUUCAUCUUCACUGUCUAACAAGGCGUCUGUCAAUUCACCCAACAUCCAUUUUACUGGACUUUUUAUCAGCCCUAAAGUGGAAAGAGAUGAAGUUCUCAUCUAUAAUAGCUCCUGUAACAUUACCAUGGAAACUGAGGCAGAGAUGGAGUGUGAGGGACCUAAUCAGCCAAUUACCGCCAAGAUUACUGAGAUAUGGAAAGAAUGGGGCCAGAACACUCAGAGCACCUUCCCUCUUAAAUUUUGUGGACACUGGUCAAAGACCAUCAGAUGGCUUCAUGGACACCCACCACAAGAUGGCGAUAAUGUCACAGUAGAAAGAGGGCAGACUUUGAUCUUGGAUACAAGUACAAGCAUUCUUAACUUGCUUCCUGUCAAAGGAACCCUCCAAAAUAAUUACAACUUCGUUGCGCUAGAUGUUCUACACACAUUCUCAGAUAUCAUCCUUGCCUUGGAUCUAUACUGGCAGGCAAGGCACUUCACACAUGAAAAGUGUGGACCGAAGGUUGCCUUAAUCUAUUUGAUUUCUUACCAUCGCUAUAUUUCAUUUCUUCCAAAUCUUCAAAUAUGGUGCCUUUACUAUCAAAUCAGUUGAUUAUAUUGGCUUUUCAAGUAUGGACACUGAUUUCUCUUUCUACAAAAUCAAUAUAUUCCCAUAGCAACUGCUGCAGAGGAAGUUGCAGAGCAGGUUCUAUGUAUAGUAACUGGCCGAGGUAUUUUAGCUUUAGCCACAACCAACGUUUUCAUAGAAACUAGAAAUGGUCUUGGAACUCUACAAAGGUAUUAAUUUCAUCAUGAUGCCUGCCUAAUCGCAUUGUUUCCAAAGACAGGCGGGUCUCUUGAAUUCAAAUACUGAUAUUCUCUGAAUACCUCUACUCCAUCCUCAAACAAUUGGAGACUCAAGUGAUCGCUUGCUAUGCUCCUUGGCAUGACUGCUGUUUCCUAUCUCUCUGAAGGCCAUAUAAAGUAUUUGUGCAAUAUACAGAGGGCUUUUUUAUUGGUAUACAAAGCACCUGCUGUCCCUAAUUUUGUUUUGGGCCAACCACAAAUGCCUGUAUACUAUGGUCAUAACCUAUCUUCCUCUCUGGGAUUUGUUUUCUUUGUCAUUCAUAGCCACAUUUGACUAAGCACACUAAAUGUGAAGCUGCUCCAAUUCUGUUCAUAUAGAGCAGUUUCACUCCAGAAGAACUGCUGUAUUCAAGCUGCUUAUUAAAUCGCCAUCGCUUGGCACUGCUACAGUCAGGAAGGAGUCCAAGCAGCUUGCAAGGGAGCACAUGCCAUCUGAACAGAUGGGCACACAUGCAGAUGGAUAAGAAACAUGCGCAUCAGUUUGGGGAAUUGAUUUCUGACUGAGAAUGUAUAAGCAUCUGCCUGGGUAUAACUCGGAGUAGGAGGAAGGCUUUGAUCCAGAAAAGUGCUUUCAUACACUGCUUGAUGUUAAACACACAUGGAGCUCUAUUAAUUCUAAUGGGAACACUUGUAUAUUCAAAAUCUCCUUAGGUGGGGCUGAGCGGCCUUCCCUUUCCCUUUUGGCCCACCUCUCCCUGCUUAGGAGGCAUUGGGCUUAUAUCUAUUUAUUUUUAAGUAUUUAAUAUUUAAUUUAAUUUCUCAAUAUCUGAGUACUGUGCUUAUUACCUUCACCCCCCUCCUUUUAUGGGGGGGGGGAGAAACCAGCAGCCCACAGGAGUGCUUCUAUCUGUCUAUCUGUCCUUCUAUCUAUCCCUUUAACUACCCACAUAUACUUGUGCAAUCAGAAAUAUAUGUGGGUGUAAUUCUUGUUUAACAUCCACUCCUAUGUGGGAGGGGAGUGUGUGUGUGUUCUCGUUUUGACUUGGCCAAGCCUCACAAACAAGGCCACCUGCUGUCACAGAGCAGCGCGAAUCAGCGUUGCCCAAGUGGCCACAGUCACAGAAAGGGCCGGCCAGGUCCGAAUGCGGCCUUUGCCAGCCGCAGCAGCAGCAGCAUGGACGCCAAAGACGACGGCUUCGACCAUGCGGCCACUCCAAAAUAGCCACAGCUCCUUGUCCCUCGCAGCUCCGCAGUUCUGUCUGUGUCCCACGACGUCUCGAAGGCAAAGAGGAGAAAGGAGGGGUGGCGUGGGCUUAAAUAGCCUCCUGUCGCUCCUCCCCUCCACACAGCACAUUGCAUGCGUGUAUCACGUGCAACGCACGACGCUGCCCUUUUUCGGAAUGGCGGCUGUGGCUUCACUCCCUAGCCGCAACUAAGUGCCGCCUGGCCAGCUUUGCGGAUGAGCGGCACUGGAUUUCUGUUUAUUAUAUGGACUUGUACGUGUGGAUCUCCCCUAAGUAACAUUAAUUUUGUUCUAUUUUCAGUAGAGCAAAAGGAUACAGUUGCUACCCCUUGUUGAGGCUUUAUGUCGUCUCUAGUGUCCAAUAGAAAUAUGCAGCCUCUCAGUGAUGCCACUUCAGGAAAACUCACAAGUUAUAUGCAGCAGAAAUAAAACAUAAAAUCCCAGGACAGAAGGAAUGACUCAGUGGCCUGUACAAAUACCUACAAGACUAACAUGCUCCCUGGCCUGUCUUCAUUUAUAUUUCACAGACUUUUGCAGCAGAGGCUCCCCUUGGGAGUAAUUGGAUUCUUAAAAACAAUAGGGGGAUGUUUGGGAGUGGAGACUAAAGUUUAUUUGAGAUGACUGGUAGUUUUGAUUCUUUCUCAAAGCAUCAAUCAGCCUCAAGAUGUUUGUUUCUACUUUCCUCAUAUGAAGGGAAGAGUGUGUUGGGAAAUGUCUUUCUUGUGACUAUACAGAAAUGAUUAUUGUUGGUAUAAUUGUAUUUAUUUUGCUUGGUAAGAAGGCCAUCAUAACUUUAGUUCAUUGAUACUUUUACAGAAUUACCCCUAAGGUUAUAUGUAAGAUAUUGCUUUCUUUUUUGGGGAGCCAUAACAGUGGAAGAGAUGGAGCCAAAAACUGGACUGAGCAACAUUCAUUCUUUUCUGCUCUCAGAAGUGGGGCCAAGUACUAUAAAAGCAAGAAAGAGCAGCUUUUUUAAAAAUAGGGGAAAAAUCAACCCUGUAAAGCAGCUGCAUAUUUAUUUUCAAGUAAUAUAUUGCAGAAAGGGAUGGGUGCAGAGAACUGGUGCUUUGGAAACAUUGUACCAUUUUCUUGUUGUUUGGACCCAAAUGCUUGUAAACUUGGGAAAUGUUUUUAAAUCCUUCCCAGUCAUUUCUGUUUCCUUAUGUUGCCCACUCAUUAAGAGAAGGACUUUAACAUUCUCUUAAUUGCAGGGUUUAAAAAAAUAUUCAAUUUGUAUUAAUGUCAAUGAGAG